GGUCAGCAGAGGAAAACCAGCCCAUCCAUCCGGUUGUGUUUACACAUGCAACAAUCCUGUGAGCAAGCUAGGCUUCGCAUAAAAUCUUAAAUAAGUAUAAAAAUGGCUCCACUAUCUGAUAAUCCGGCAGAUAAAGACAGGUACAUUUGCAUCUAUCCCGCAUAUGUCAAUAGUAAGAAGACCCUUGCCGAGGGAAGGCGAAUACCGUCUGAAAAGGCUGUGGAGAACCCUACCUGUGUUGAGAUCCGUGAUGUCCUGAUUGCUGCAGGAGCAAAUAUCCUUGUUGAGAACAGCAUGUAUCCUAGAGAGUGGAACAGAGAUGUGACGUUCAGAGGACGUGUGCGUGUCCAAAUGAAACAGGAGGAUGGAACGCUCUGCUCGGACAAAUUUGCGACGAGGAGAGAUGUGAUGAUGUACGUGGCUGAGAUGAUACCCAAGCUGAAGACCAGGAGCCAGAAGGGUGGUGGAGCCGACUCUGGCUCCCAGCAGGGUGAGACGGGAAAGAAAAGCAAGAAAAAAAGGAAGUGAACCACACCGAAUCAUCUUUGAAAGCGGGUCAGCAGUCGUCACAUAGGGAGGGUAAAAGACUGUUAGGAAAGAAUGAAAGUACUCCGUGUAUUUUCAGAAUAUUUACAUGAUCACAUAUGUUCUAUGGACUCAUUUGCGUGAUGAUUUGCUGGCUUACAGAAAUGGGCAGCAAAAAAAACAGCUACAAGAUUUCUUACUCACUCUGAAGACUAAGUCUGUAGUAUUUCUUUUUUGAAUCGGUCUCAAGUUGGCUUUUUUUAUUUUUAUGAUGUGCUUUUUUUCCAGUUUGUUUCCAAUCCCCACCUUAGUUCACCUAUUUAUGCUUGGAAAUGAAUAAAUUACUUUAAUUGACCAAUGUAAUGGUGAGUCUGUUCUCACUAUAAACUAGUGUAACAUGUCGUAAUGACACUUUGUCAUCUAAGCUCUAGAACAGUGGGACUAGAUGUUAAACAGCAGAAUCACCGAUAACCAUAUAGCCAGAGUCGUUUUUAUAGAACACUAUGAAAACACAUUGAUAUUUUAUAGAAUGUGUUAUGAAGGUUUGAAGUGUGAUUCCACAAUGAGAACAAAAGAAUAAGUUCAAUUUUCUUUUGGAAAGUAGAUUGUGUAUAUUUGACCACAGGAGGGAGCUGGAGGUCCUUCAAUACAAGCCUGACUGUACUCUA